AACAAAACCUUUUUCUGGCUUUGCGAUUGUUGAACGGUUGUUGGAAUUGUACCUAUUUUACUGUGAUAAUUAUCUUGAAUUUAUCAAGGUUUUGUAAGAACAGACUACAUAUAUUGCGAUUCUAUUUGAAUACCUCAAAAUGGGUGUCGUUAUGCAGAGAAGGCAGAACGACCCGACAUGCUGCUUAUUCCUCCAUGUUCGAACUGGGACGAUUUUUAUAGGAAUGUUCCAUUUGGUAAUGCAAAUGAUAGCCAUGGUAUUUAUCGGCUAUAUGAUUGUGUUUUUUGGUUCAUCAGAAGUUGAAGUUGACGUAGAGGUUGAUGUAUUCAAUGAUCUGGAGUAUAAGAAGACAACAUCUGACAUGUCUGUUGCUUUGGUCAUUACAUUCUGUAUGUUCAUAGUGACAUGUAUGAUGAUAUGUGGUGCUUUGAAGCACCGUGCUGGAUAUUUACUGCCAUUUUUCUGUCUACAACUGUUUGACUUUGUACUCUCAUGUCUCACUGCAAUUGGCUGGUUUACUUAUUACCCUGAAAAUGAUGAACAGAGCUUCCCAAACAAUAUUGACUGGUUCAAAUACAACAAUCAAAUGAAACUGGAGGAUUAUGGCAUUGAUGGUCAGUGGACUAUUCUUAUUUUCCUUAUCCUGUUCCUGGGAAUUAUGACAGUGAAGGCUUACUUCAUAUCCUGUGUAUGGGCCUGUUACAAGUAUAUUGUCUGCCGUGAUGCAGUCCAAAUGACUGGCACUUCUGAAGAUACUGAGGCUUUACUUGCACCUCCGGCCUAUGCCACUGUUGUUAAACUGCCCCCAGAUGUUCCAACACCCCCACCAUACCAACCAUAAGUGAUGUCGGAGAAAAAAAGCUGAAAAGCAGGCAUUGAACGCCUGAAUGAUAUUUACAAGAUUACUGGCUUAAGAUCUGGUGGCAUGGAUAGGAAAUGGGAUUCAAUAAAUAUAUUUUAACACAUUUAUGAAGUUUUUGGUAAAAGGUUGUUUCACUAUAAAACCAUACAGCGAUAUGUUACUGUGAUGGUUUAUUCUAAAAUUGUAUGAAGAAGACAGGGUUGAUGUUUUUGUGAUUAUCUAGCACUUACUGCCAUCACCAGAUGGCGCUAUUUUUACUUCUGGGAAUUGCUGUAAGGCAUGUGAUACUAUAAUCUCAUUAAUUAUUCACUAGAUUAUAUUUUUCGCUGCUAACUGAAAUCUGCUAUAAUAAUCCCGUGUAUCAGUGCACUGUUCUCUUGCUGUGAAUUAAACUAUGAAAAUUAAUGCUUUGACAGUAUUUGUUGAAAAGCAGGGAAAACAUUUAUUCCAUGCACUUAAAUAUGUAUAUGAUAAAUUGCACUUCUUCAUGACAAAAAUCUUUUUAUGUAAUCCAUUAUUGACACCAUAUUUGCUGUAUUAGUAACUUGUAUGCUCGCCAAUAGAUCAUUUUGUUGUGUAUAUGCAUAAUUGCCUCUCUAAUAGAACAAAUAUGGUAAUUGUUGUAAAAUCUACUCCUGCAAUUUUUACAAAAAAAAAUGCUUUAUAUGAAGCUUUCUGUUGGCUUGUAGUCAAAGAAAUAUGGUGUGGAUGCACUUAACGAAUUCUUGGCAUUUAUUGAAUAUGAAUUUGCAGUCUUAAGUACAAUAGUUUAAUAUUUUAUUGUCAGUAAACACCAGUCUGUGUAAUGUUUGUAUAAAGCAUUAAGAGCUCAGGUUAAUGAGCAUUGUGUAAUUGGUCAUGAUGAAAACUCAGUUGAA